ACUAUCAAUGGGUGUGGAGAACAAAAAAUCCAUACAUGUUUCAUAUUUUGCGUUUUUCUGAAACAAACGAAGAUAAUUUUCUCAAAAAUAAGUGAAACUGUGGAAAGUGCUGAAAUUUAGUGAUGUGAAGCAACGUUAUCGAUUUGUUGUGACAAUGACUGUUUGUGUGACUAAGAAGCUAUGGUAGUAUGCGAGUUGGACCAAGAGGUAUCGGGGGAGGUGUUGGGAUGGAAGCUUCCGGCAUGGCAGACCCUGCUGCUGCAUCGUGUGCUGCCAUCCUGUGGGGGACUUCUCGUGUACUUAACGUUGAUGUGUUUCGACUUCGCGCUCGUUUUCGAACAUUUUCAAAAUGGCAAUAAGGUAAUCGGAUCGUUUUGUCUCAUCCUCAUCACCUGCCCAGCGCUCAUCUCGUUGGUGUUCAGCCUGGCGUCCGCGCCGCCAGGGUUGCAGACUGAGGAGGGUGCAGCUUUCUCGGUCACGAUCUCUAAGAAAGACCUGAAGUGGAUCGCCAGGCAGUUGGCCAACUGCUUUUUUUUUCCUGUGACUGCGAUAGGCAGGUACUGCUACUUAAUCUUCUGGUGGAUGGAAGCAGUAUGCGCGGCGUACGUGGACGACAAAGAACGGACGAUGGAGGCAAUACUCAGAGCCAGGUCCUCCUCCCCGAUUGAGCUGUAUUUGUUCCUGCAGGCAUUCCUGCAUGCUGCCCCUCAUGCGAUCGUCAACCUUCUCGAUAUGAUUGUACGGUUCUCCAAUGCUGAGUACAGUAAAGUUGCAAUGCAGGCGGUGAGCGUAAUAGUUUCUUGUAUGCGAAUGUCUUCCACUGCCACGAUGUACAGGAGAUUUGAAAGAGAAAAAUUAAACGGUCGUAAAUAUCCAUGGAACAAAAAUUCUAAGGCUUUAAUUACCAAAGACGUAAAUGAUGAAAAGACCCCUAUCAUUGAAGAUAACAACAAAGAUCCUGAUCCUAUAUACGAAACCAUUCAGAAACAGUCAUUGGAAUUUAAUUUUUCCAUUCCGUCUGGCGAUGAAAGAACAAAAGCUAACAGUGAUUUGAUACAAUUCUCUCCUAGAAGCACACAACAGGAAAUAUAUUACGAUGAUAUUUACUAUGACUCUGAUGUGAGUUCAGAUUAUCUUCCUCCAAUUUCACCGUCAUCACCCCAGUCGAAUAGUGAUGAUGAAUACGUUCGGCCAAUAUCAAUUAUAGAUAGAGUGGCACCUCGGCGACCAACGUACACUCAGUCGCAAUAUACGAUAGAGAAAGUCGAAAUAAUCCCACCGCCGAUUAUACCAGCACCAAGGCCUGGCUCUUUAGCCGUAUGGGCGGAGAAAAUGGUAGAAAACGCUGAGUCUCUACCAACAUGGUUGUCGGCUCCACAUCGAAGAAAAUACAACGACGAAGUCAUUCAAGAGGAACCAGAUAUUCCUCGUCGAGUCCCCAGAAGCAGAAUGCGAGGCCUUGAGCCUCAAGAUGCCACGGCUGCACUAGUGCACUAUCUAGGCUGGUACGCUUUCUUCGUAUCUCGUUUGCUCUCUAUAGCUGUGUUCAUUAAAUCUUCAAUAAUAGCAUCAGUGAUGAUCUUGUUCUCACAUUACCAGGUGAUGUUACUGCUGUUAAUAGUGCCUCAAGCUAGCACUGUGAGACGAGGGUUUUAUAUUUUCCUAGCUUUUGUUUACUUGUUUUGUUUGAUGGAGUUUAAAAUCCGUUUUCGCCACGUAAGAGUGUGGCAUGUGUUCUGGAUCAUAGUGUGCACCAUAGAGACUGUAGUGUUCACAGGUGUUUGGGCAAGCUUAGACAGAGGCAUCCACGAUUGGUGGAAGGAUUUUAUUGUCAAAGUGAUACUAGCUAGCAUGUUGUUAAGUUAUAUGUGCUUUCUUGUAUACUUCGUACUGUUAAAACCGAGAGAGACUAUUGUGUACAUAAAUAACAAAAAUAAAGACAAAGAUGUAAAUGUUUAGUUUUAAGUGCUAUGUUAUGAUUUAUAAAUAAUACCUACUAAAGAAUUCCACCUAAAUAAAUAAUAGU